AAACAAAUCGGGUAACAUUAUAUCUUAAUUUGAUUAUAUAUAUUUAUAUAUAAUGAUAUAAACCAAAUCUGGUAACAGUACUCUUUUGAUUCUGCCAAUUAAUUAAGGUCAUUUUCUUCUUCAACUGUUGCUUCUAUAUAUAUAUAUAUAUAUGUAUAAUGAUAUAAACCAAAUCUGGUAACAGUACUAUUAUUAUAUAUUAUUGUCCAAUAUUAUUUACUCUUUUGUAUCUGCCAAUUAAUUAAGGUCAUUUUCUUCUUUAACUGUUGCUUAUAUAUAUAUAUAUAUGAACAAAGUAAUCGGGUACAGUAGUGUGAUGCUUGUUUUAAAUCCAAUUGCGUUGAUGAUUACGAUGAGGAGUAAGAUUAUUAGAGAUCAUUCUGUUAAGGAGGAGGAGAAGAAGGAGGAGGAGGAGUACUGUUAUGAUUAUAGAUCAUGGUGUGAUCUUCCUCAAGAUAUACUAAGCUUGAUAAUGGAAAAACUGGAUUUCAAGGACCAAGCUCACUUUCAUGCUGUCUGCAAAAGAUGGCAACUCGUAAAAGGUAUCAAUCGAUCUCAAUGGCUUUUUUAUUGGUUUUGUUCUUCUACCACUGUGUGUAAAACUAUUCAAAAAUAUUACCUCUACAAUCUUGGCACUGAAAAAACAUAUUCAAUUCAAAACAAAGUAAAGCACAGGUGCAGUGGUUUUAGUAUUAAUAGUACUUAUGUGUAUGACUGGAAUAGCACCUGCGUAGCUGUAAAAUCAGGUUGGUUACUACUCGUAAAAGCAUGCUGCGAAGCUUAUUAUCUGUACAAUGCAGUCACUCAAGAGGCUAUUUCUCUUCCCAGAAAGAAAAUAGUAAGAGAAUUCGGUAGAUCCAUUAAUGAUUGCUUCAAUUACUUUGAAUUAAGUCUCACCCAAGAACGACGAGGACGAGGACAUUUCGUAGUGUAUCAGGUUGACAAACACAUCGAUUUAAAAAAUUUAAUACUCAUAAGCACGUGGCGUAGUGCUGAGAAAGUAAUGGAACAGUGCAUGGUUUCAACGAUAAUGAUAUGAGUUUGAGUGUGGUUGUGAAAUCAGAGAACAUCCCUGAAAAGCUGUGCCAAGAUUUCACGAGUGGAGAGUUGAGAAUACUUGAAGCUAAAUUAGUAGCUGAUUUGGAAGCAGAAGAGGUUUUCCUAGUGUAUCCCAAUAAUAAUUGGCUCGUUUUGAGGUUAGAUUGGUCGAACAAUAUGUGGGUUGAAGAAAUGAGUUUGGGCUGGAGAGUGUUGUUUUGUUUCCAUAAACAUUUUGCCAAAUCUGAUGUUUCGAUGCUCUCAAACUAUGGCAACUUCAAAGGCUACAUAUGCCAUCGUAAUGCUGCUUCACCUAACUUCGAUUGUUUUCCAUUCAUUAGAGGCUGCCAUAAUAAUCUCAAUGACCACUCUAAUGAUGGGUUCAAAAUUCGGUGGCCUCUCCACUCGCCUGAACAUCUCAUGGAAGCAUUUUGGUUUCAUCCACCUACUAUAUAGAUAACUAAUACCUAUAUAUAUAUAUUAAUAAUCAUCCAUAUUUCAUCUUAUUUAUGAGUACGUAGAAAUCUAAUAUAGUCAACAUAAAUUAGUUUCAUAUUUUUGUAGUACAAUAGAUCCAAAUCUUACUUUGUUGUCUUUGUCUUUUCUUCCAUAAUAUUCUAUAUAGCACCCAUGCACACACAUAUAUAAAUUUGGUUUUGUUUCUACUCAUGGUGAUCAUUAUAUAUA